AGGUUUAUGUUCGCAGUUCAGUCAGUAUCGUGUGUACUUCGAAUAUAGCAACAUUAUCUAGCUUUCACUUGUUGAGUGCUCGUGCCUAUUUAGACGUACGUCGUAUUUGUGAUGCAGGUAGGAUAGAGUCAUCAUCAUGAUCAUUCUUACUAUCAUCCUGUUCAUCAUCGCGUUUUUAAUUUACGAAAAAUAUUCGAAAAUUAAAAAAACCAGUUUACCUGGACCAACAGUAGUCCCUCUGAUUGGAAAUGCUUUAGAAUUUUCAACAAACGAAGAUGCUCUAUUCACGUUGUUUCGAAUGGUACGAAAAUACGGAGAUAUUUUUCGAGUUUGGUUAUGCAAUGAUCUUUACAUAAUCAUCACGAAUCCGAAAGAUAUAGAAGUACUGCUCAACAGUUAUAAACAUACCAUGAAAGCGUUGUCAUAUAAAUUUGUCUCGUCUUGGCUGGGAAAUGGUUUAAUUACUUCACACGGAGAAACAUGGAGAACUCACAGGAAACUUUUAACGCCCACUUUUCAUUUCAAGAUUUUGGAAAAUUCUGUCGAAAUAAUGCAUCGAAAUGUUGGCAUAUUGAAGACUUUUUUGGAUGAGAAAACUGACAUGCAAGAGUUCGACAUUCACGCGUUUAUAGAAAAAUGCAGUUUGGAUAUUAUUGGUGAGACUGCCAUGGGUAUAAAAUUAAAUGUACAAGGCUCAAAUAAAGGAAAAUCGUAUUUAAAUGCUGUUAAAAGCGUCACAAAUAUUAGCGUAUCUCGUAUUUUCAAAGUAUGGCUUCAACCUGAACUUUUUUUCAAAAUCUCUGGUCACCAACAAGAGUUCCAAAAAUCAUUAAAUAUUAUGGAAGAAGUUACAGUAAACGUUAUUACGUCCAGAAGAAAAGAAUUGAUUGAAAAAUCCGAUGCUGAAAUAACCGAAAUUAAAAACAAACCAUUUUUGGAUUUCCUUCUCACUGAAAGUAAUUUCACCGAUGAGGAAAUACACGCUGAAGUUAAAUCGUUCAUGUUUGCGGGGCAUGAUACAACCACCAGUGCGAUUUGUUUCUGUAUUCGUCAACUUGCUAUACACGCGGAUGUUCAAAAUAAAGUGUACGAAGAAAUCACCAAAAUUUUACCCGAAGAAGAUGAUCACCGAAGUAUUCAAACUUUAAACAAACUCAAAUAUUUGGAGAACGUAAUCAAAGAAACAUUGCGACUUUAUCCAUCAGUACCUAUGAUAGGGCGUACUAUCUUAGAAGAUGUUAUUCUACCGAGCGGCCAAAAGAUACCAGCACAUAGUCAUGUAAACAUCUUCAUUUAUAGUAUUCAAAGAAACCCAGAAAUUUUCAGAGACCCGGAUGAAUUUAUUCCAGAACGUUUCGACGACGAUGAUUUCAAAAAGUAUCCUUACGCUUUUAUUCCUUUCAGUGCUGGUCCUAGAAAUUGUAUAGGUCAAAGAUUAGCUUUGAUGGAGAUUAAAAUGGUUCUUGCCACCCUGGUGCGAAAUUAUCAUAUAAUCGCGACGGAAAACUUGCAUUCUAUCACGUUGACUAGCGAGCUGAUCCUCAGAUCUAAACAGGGAAUACCCAUAAAACUGAAAAAACGUGUUUGAUAAUUGCAGAAUAAUAUUAAUCGUGUUUUUUUCAACUACCUAUGUACUUACGUCAUUUUUAAUUUCAUCUGCGGAAUCGUUUAUGUUGUUUAUAAUUGUCUAUGUCUACCAGUUGCUGAGAGACAUACGAGUAGUAAGUAGUAUUUUUUUUAGUCUUGAUCUGUUAAUCUGUAAAAGAAGAGUAUGAGACAUUGUAUACUUACUCCUCUGGGAUUCUGUAUUUUUUUUACGAAAAAGCCAAUUUAUGGCUGAAAUUCUUUGAACGAAUUUUAUUUCUGCGCAAGUGCAUUUAUUUUUAUUGCUUUUAAAAAUGGGGGAAAAUUGCAUUUUUUUAAUACAUUUUUUCCUACUUUUGUUUUUAUUGUAUUCCGCCCCCCCCCCCUCCUCAUAGGAACAAAUUUGACCUCAUUUUAAUUUUUUGUAAGCGAAUAAAAAUGUACCUGAUAUUUUGGAAACUGAGUAAAAUGUGUUCAAAACACCUUCUGUUCGUAAGGUGUUUGCCUUCCUACAGUGAAAAAUUGGCGAAAAUGAAAUUGUCUGAUUUUUGAUAAAAUGUGCUCGAUAUUGUAAGCAGCAGUGUAAUAUUUAUUGUUAGUCAACGUUUUAUAAUUGAAUUGUGAAAUUACAUUCAUUUUGAAUUUUUUGCGA